AUGUCGGAAACCAUUGAGGUCGAUGCGUUCGUUGUCGGCGCUGGCGUUGGAGGAAUUUACACUACGUACCGCCUGUCGCGUAUGGGACUGUCGGUCAAAUGUGUGGACAUUGCCAGCGACGUCGGUGGCACCUGGUAUUGGAAUCGAUAUCCAGGUGCUAUGAGUGACACCGAAAGCUACCUUUACCGAUAUUCAUGGGACAAGGAAGAUUUGCAAACCUAUCCCUGGACUCAUCACUACCUCUACCAGCCCGAAAUUCUGAAGUACCUCCAGCACAUCACCGAUAAACACGAUCUCCGGAAGUACAUGACAUUCGAGACCGAGAUGACGUCGGCGACAUGGAACGAGGACACUCAGAGAUGGAUGAUCACCUGCUCCGGCUCCGAAGAGUCGAACAUCAGUGCCCGCUAUUUGGUCAACUCUCUCGGAUUGCUCUCGAAAGUCCAUUACCCGAACAUUGCUGGUCUUUUGUCUUUCGCUGGCGACCUGGUUCAUACAGCACGCUGGCCCGAAGACUUGAACCUCGAAGGAAAGAAGGUCGGCAUCGUUGGGAAUGGAUCUACAGGAACACAAGUGAUGACGGCGAUUGCUCCGAUCGUCGGAAGUCUGACAUCCUUCCAACGCCAUCCUCAAUAUUCGGUCCCGAGUGGCCAGCGCCCUGUUGCAAAAGAAUAUCGCGACAAGAUCAACGCUACUUACGAGCAAAUCUGGGACAAUGUUUGGUCAUCGGUUGUUGGGUUCGGUGUGCCAGAGUCCAAACGCAAGACCAUGGACGCUAGCCCCGAGGAGCGGAAGAAGGCUUUCCAGAAGGUCUGGGAGGAAGGAAAUGGAUUCCGUUUCAUGUUCAGCGCCUUUGGAGACAUUACAACGAACAAGGAUGCCAACGAAGAGGCAUGCAACUUCAUCCGUGGAAAGAUUGAUGAAAUGGUGAAAGAUCCCCGCAGGGCAGCAAUCCUAAAGCCAAAGGACCUAUACGCCCGCCGACCACUCUGCGACACCGGCUACUAUGAGAUCUUCAAUCGUGAGAAUGUUGACGUGAUCGAUCUCAAGGAAACGCCGAUCCACGAGAUCGUCCCCGAAGGCAUUCAGACAGCGGACGGAAAAACCCAUCAUCUCGACGUCCUGAUAUUUGCCACCGGCUUCGAUGCUAUUGAAGGCAACUACAUGCGGGUCAAGAUCACAGGACGGAAUGGGAAGACAAUCCAAGAGCAUUGGAAGAACGGCCCUCGAGCUUUUGGCAGCAUCGCCUGCGCAGGUUUCCCCAACAUGUUCAUUGUUGCCGGUCCUCAAGGCCCAUUCGCCAAUUUCCCUCCUGUCAUUGAGAGUGAAAUCAAUUUCAUCAUGUCAUGUAUUGAAUAUGCCGAGGGGAAUGUCACCAACGGCACGACCAAUGGCACUACCAACGGCCACUCCAAGGCAAAGCCAAGGAUUAUGGAAGUGUCCACUGAAGCAGAAACAGGGUGGAUCGACUUGUGCAAUCAACUCGUCGAAGGGUCUUUGUUCACUACGACGGCAAGCUGGAUCUUUGGUCAAAAUAUUCCGGGGCGAAAAGCAAACACGAAUUUCUAUUUCGGAGGGCUUAACAGCUACUUGGACUGGGUGAAAGCUCAAACUUCCAAUUUCCCUGGAUUCCUUAGAGAUUAG